GGAGAUUUCCACUCACAACGGUGAACAUGCGAUGUUGGUGUUGCCAGUGUCUGACCAUCUUUGGCGCAUGUAGUCAAAACUAAAUUAGCACACGGUCCAUAGCGGGACGCACCCGUCACGUCGAUCAACCCUAUACCACGUUGUGAAUGUACGAAAGCUUAUUUCCGCUCGAAAGCGUUCUUAGAGACGGGCAUAAUUCCCGUAUACUCGUCAGUGUGGUACUGUCCAAAAUGCUCCCCUUUUCCGGACUACACGCUUGCAUGAUACCAGGCUCGACUCUUGCAUUGCUUGCGAUGGAGUCAUUCCGUCAUUUCGAGACAGCCGUUCUCUUGUCAGCUCAACUUCUUACACUGACAGGUCGUAGACAGACGUCGCUAUGGCCAAUGAUCAGCAAUGUUGUCUACAACAUACCGAGGCACGGCAGGCACGUUGCGGACGCACUAGGAACACCCUCGCGCGAGUCGCUGCCCUGUAGCAGGAUCAGCCAGGGUAGCCAAAAAGUAAGGUCCAAGCGCAUUGACGGUGAGAGUGUUUUUUCGGUAGUCGGAUCACCUUCAGGUCCUAAGUGGCUAAUUCCGUACGUUGUUUGGGGCGCAGAGGCUCAACGAUGGACUACUAUCCCUCCAUACCCCAUCUCCACCAUGCCUCUCGGAGAACGCAACCAACUUGGCAUCGCUUGGUAGCAGUUCCAUGACACUGGACUUCCCUCCUGGCAAUACAUUGACACGGAAUGGGCCAAUCGUAUCUCUAGUUGACGAAUACCUUCCUCGGCUGCUCUCUCAGUUGGCGGUUGUUUCCGCUUGAUCAAUGAGUCCAAUGAUACCUUGGCAACGCCUUGGGCAAUGCCCUUGCUCGCAUAC